UUUGCAAAUAGGUAAAAGCACUCCUAUCACUAUCGGGACGUCCUGCUUUCAUAUAUCAAGCAAACCUAUUCGUUAGCAGUGGGAGUUGUAGUCUUUCAGAAUUUUUUUCCUUGUAUUGUGACAACCACCCAGUAGGAUUACAUCGAACUCUUUGCUGUGCAUAUUUUUCUCCCGGAUCAACCAAUCCUGUGUCACGAAGGCGUAUGGUUUUAUGGUGUUCUCCAAUGGGCAGUCGUGCUUUUGAAGAGAGGCGGGAUUAUUCUCGACGUCAAUCAUUCUCAGAAGGCGGAGGAUCACAGAAAGAGCUAGGUUAGAGCAGCUACUCAACAAGGCAAACAGCAGCUCUGAGCGAAAACCACUUUUACCAGUCCGCAUCCAACAUCCACCGGGAUUCAACGGACGUUAAAGCCUGUCAUUCUUUCCACAUAAAUGUCCCUAUGGAUUACUAAUACAUUAUCGUCGAAGAGCAGACGCGUUCCUCAGCUUGACAGCAAAGCCUCGGAUUCCUCACACUGGUCACCUAGAGGACUCAUAGAGAGAUGAAGACUCUAGAGGAGCCCCCCUACCUGACGGUAGGGACGGAUGUGAGCGCAAAGUACAGAGGGGCUUUCUGCGAAGCCAAGAUUAAGACCGCCAAGAGGCUUGUCAAGGCCAAGGUGACCUUUAAGCCUGAUCUGUCUACAGCUGAGGUCCACGAUGAAAACAUCAAAGGACCUCUGAAGGUGGGUGCUGUUGUUGAAGUGAAGAAUCAGGACGGCGUUUACCAAGAGGCCACCAUUAAUAAGCUGACUGAUGCCAGUAUUUAUACGGUUGUUUUUGACGACGGCGACGAGAAGACUCUGAGGCGUUCUUCUCUCUGCCUGAAAGGAGCCCGUCACUUUGCAGAAAGCGAGACACUCGACAGACUCCCUCUCACCAACCCUGAGCACUUUGGCACACCGGUCAUUGGCAAGAAGGGGAACCGUGGCCGGCGAUCAAAUCCUAUUCAAGAGGAGGAGUUGUCCUCCUCCUCCAGUGAGGAAGAGGAGAGUGACCAGCGUCAGAAUGAAGAUCUGUUCGGCAAAGUGGUCUGCGUGGAGGGGGUUGCCGCCGGCGACAAAAAGAAGAGCACGUGGUAUCCCGCUCUGGUCAUUUCCCCGGACUGCCAUGAAGACAUAACCGUGAAGAAGGACAACAUCUUCGUCCGAUCUUUCAAGGAUGGAAAAUUCUACAUGGUGCUCCGGAAGGACGUCAACGAGAUAAACAGCGAGAUUCCUCCAAAAGCCGACGCCGGACUCAAAGCAGCGUUGGAUGCGGCGUUGGAGUUCCAGCGGAAACAAGCCGUGCCCGGCUCCUGGAAGACAGAAGUGAAAGAGGAGAGCUCCAGCAGCGAGGAGGAUGACGAGGAUGAGGAAGACGAGCAGGAGGAAGACGCCAGCGGGGAGGAGGUGGAGGUUAGCACCGGCACAGCGAGCCAUCGCUGCAUCCUCCGAGUGGAAAUGAUCCUCAUCUGCUCUCUUGUUUCCUGUCUGCAGGAGGAGGUGGAGCCGUUCCCAGAGGAGAGGGAGAACUUUCUGCAGCAGCUCUACAAGUUCAUGGAGGACAGAGGAACCCCCAUCAACAAGCGGCCUGUUCUCGGCUACAGGAACCUGAACCUCUUCAAGCUCUACAGGCUGGUUCACAAACUGGGAGGCUUUGACAACAUUGAAAGCGGCUCUGUUUGGAAGCAGGUCUACCAGGAUCUGGGCAUCCCUGUGCUCAACUCGGCCGCUGGCUACAACGUCAAAUGCGCUUACCGCAAGUAUCUGUAUGGAUUUGAGGAGUACUGCACCUCCACUGCCAUCACAUUCAAGAUGGACCUUCCUUUGAAGCAGGGUCCCAAGAGAGAGGUGAAGUCUGAGGAGGAAGCAGGAAGAGCGGCCCCUACUGCCUCCAUCUCAGAGGAGCAGAAAACCCAGAUGGACGGAGAACUUUGCACUCCACCAUCUGUUCUCUGCAAGGAAGAAAAAACAGACUUCACCCAAAUCAAAUCAGAGUCUGAACCAUCCAAAACGGAGGGAAAGGACGAUGACGACGACGACGAAGAAGAAGAAGAAGAAGAAGAAGGAGGAGGAGGCGCUUCAAAGGCGGACGCAGACGAGGGGUCGUCUACAUCCCGCCUCGGAGGUGAUAACAUAAAAACGGAGCAGGAUGACGAGCAGGAGAGCAAAGAUAACUCCGGGGAUGACAGCAGUCAGGAGGGGGAGGAAGGGGAGGAGUUUGAGUGUUACCCCCCGGGGAUGAAGGUGCAGGUGAGGUAUGGGCGAGGCCGCACUCUGAAGACGUACGAGGCCACUGUGAAAGAGGCAGACGUGGAGGGGGGAGAGGUGCUCUACCUGGUGCACUACUGUGGCUGGAACGUCAGAUAUGACGAAUGGAUCAAAGCGGACAAGAUCGUGCGCCCGGCAAAUAAGAACGUCCCAAAAAUAAAGCACCGCAAAAAAAUAAAGAACAAAGCUGAGAGGGAGCGCGACCGACUGGAGCGGCUCGGUGACAGGGAGGUCCUCGGCCCGAACCGUGUCCCGCGCUCCAAAUGCGGCCUGAGUCACGACGUCUUUUCCAAAAUGAACGAGAGCGAGGACAAAGGGACUCAGCAGCCUCCAGUCAAGUCGAUAGAAAUCACAUCGAUCCUCAACGGAUUGCAAGCUUCCGAGAUGUCCACAGAUGAGAGCGAGUGCGAGGAUGAGGAGCAGGAGCACGACGAAGAGGAUCAGCCCAGCAGCAGCGCCAGGCGAGGUCCGACAGAGCCGCCACAAGCCUCCGAGCGCUGGGAGAGCGGCGUCCCCUCCGAAGGGUCCAAAGCAUCCUCCGUCUCCGGGAAGAGCCUGGAAGCUGCUGGCGCAGAAAGCCCGGACGUUGGGAAGCUCAGAGGCCAGCCGGAGACGGAGAGAGAGGCGAGCACCAGGAAGAGAAAAUCGGAUGGUGCCGCCGAGAGGAACACGAAGGGUCUAUCCAAAGUAAAGACCAGGAACACCAGGAGUGCCGACUGGUUGCCGAGUGGCUCGCCUCGGAAGCUGGAGGACAGGGGGGCUCUGUCCAGCAGCAGCUCAGAGGACGAGAGCGCAGCGCUGGCCGACAUCCCGGCUGAGGAGAACGAGCGGAGCCGCGCCAAAACCAAAGGUUCCCCUUCCAAGAAGUACAACGGCAUGAAGGAGAAGAGCAAAGCCGGGAGGCAGGCCGGCUUCUGGGAGAUUCCCGAAAAGAAGGCUAAGCCAUCUGGGAAUGCCGAGGAAAAGGCACCGGCCGUUCGGCCCAAAGGACAAAAGGACGUGUGGUCCAGCAUUCAGGCCCAGUGGCCUAAGAAAACGCUGAAGGAGUUGUUCUCCGACUCGGACACGGAGGCAGCCAACUCUCCUCCGCCCCCCGUCCCAUCGUGUCUGGAUGAAUCCGGGGCGGACCAGGAGGCGGGACCCGAGGACGAAGGCUCCGAGGAACAGCUGGAGAACGACAAGCUGCAGGAGUUUCCCAGCAGCGGGAGCAACUCCGUGCUCAACACCCCUCCUACAACGCCAGAGUCGCCCUCCGGAGGAGGAAGCACGGUGGAGGAGACUAGUCAAGCACCGCCUCCUUCUCCGCCUUUGCUGCCUCCCGCCUUACCCUCAGAGCCGGUUUCCCACAAUCUGCCCCCAGAUCCGACUCAGGAGGAAGCAGCGGGGGGGCGCAGUGAGACGGACAGCAGCACGGUGGAGGUGGAGAGUCUGGGUGGAGAGCUGCAGGAGCUCCCGCAGGAUGACGGCACAGGCCUAGGCACAGGUUCCCCCUCCAAGGUUUACGACGUCAGUCUGUCCUGCAACAGCAGCAGCAGCCUAGAGCUGAGCAGCAGCAGCCAGCAGGACAACGAGCAGAAGUCCAAAGCAUCUGUGAGUCAGAAGAGGCAGAAGGAAUCACAGACAGGUGGAGUCUCGAAGAAACACAAGCCUAACCGCAAAAGCCUCGGUGUGCCUCCCAAAAGGAACAGGAAAGCAGCUAACAGCAGUGACAGCGAGGACCAGUCUGUUGUCGAAGGCUCGGCCAAAUCGGCCGCCUGUAAGAACACUUCAUCGGACCUGAAGGCCGCCGCGUCGCCCAAGUAUCACGGCCGAUCCCCGCCCUCCAGCCAUAAGUACCACAAGCAGGGAGACCCCGAUCACUCCCAGCACCGAGACAGCCAUGGAAGAUCGCCGCGCGUCUACAAAUGGAGUUUCCAGAUGUCUGAUCUGGAAAAGAUGAGCAGUCUGGAGAGGAUUUCGUUUCUUCAGGAGAAACUGCAAGACAUCCGGAACCACUACCUCUCCCUGAAGUCGGAGGUGGCCUCCAUCGACAGGAGACGGAAACGCAUGAAGAAGAAGGAAAGAGAAAGUGCAGUGGCCGCUUCCUCCUCCUCCUCUUCCUCUUCUUCACCAUCCUCCAGCUCGCUAACAGCAGCAGUGAUGCUGACGCUCGCCGACCCUCCGGUACCAUCUUCGUCGUCCUCGUCUCAGAACUCCGGGGUAUCAGUGGAGUGCAGGUGACAGGACGAAGCCGCGAGGAGCCACCGCACGAAGCACUUAACCAGCACCCCGAGGUCGCCGCCCCCUUUCCUUUUCAGCAGGAUGGCGAGACGGACCUGACCGGUUCUCCGCUGCUGCUGGGGCACAAAGAACCGGACGAGAAACAAGCACUAUUUUCUACUGACAACUGUUUCCUCGGCAAGCUAUCCGCACUUAAGUGCACUUUUACGAAGAUUGUGUUAAAGGAGAGGGAGGUUGAUGGGG